UUCGCGCCAAAAUUAAUUUAGAAAUUAUUUGCAUACAUCCAAAUAACAUUCAAGAUGGCGGCUGGCGACGAGAACGACGAAUCUUGUGUGAACAAAGUCGUUAGCCCUAAGAAGCAACAAAAACGUAACUUAGGCGACGAAAAUGUGAUCUGCAACUCUGUCUCUGACUUCACGUGCCCCAUAUGUUUGCAAAUACUUAUCGAACCUGUAGUCAUGCCUUGUGAACACGAGCUGUGUUGGCCGUGCUUCAAGCAAAAUGUGGAGGAGGCGAAUUUCCUUUGCCCUCUUUGUCGAAUGAGAAUUUCAAGUUGGGCGAGAAGAAAUUCGCGGAAUGGGACACUGGUUAACGUAACACGAUGGCAACAAAUUCAGAUGCUCUUUCCAGAAAAAUGUCGGAAAAGAUUACGCGGUGAAGAAGACGACGAUAUCCUUGAUAUGCCACCUGUGAAACGCACCUUAUCCAAGGACGGAGAGCUACGUAAAGAGUAUGAAGAGGAAAUGAGGAAGUUGCAACAGGCAAGAGAGGAAGAAGUGAAAGCGAGUGAAGAGGUCAUCCAAAGGUUACGACGAGAGGAAGAGAGAUUCGUGAAGUCUCUAGAAUACCAGAGACUACAAGAUGAAGAACUUGCAAGAAAAAUGAUAAAGGAAGAACGAGAACAGAACUCACAGGGUCAGCUGCCCAAGAAUAGAAGCUCAUCGACCAUCCCUUACAAGAAUAAGAGUGUAAAGGGAAAAAAGAUGAAAGGACAGGACACCCAAGCUGGUCACAGCAACUCCACACUAGACAGGUGGUUCCUUCCUACAAGGCAGUCCUCUUUGGGAAAUGUACAAGGAUUACCAAAGAACAAAGGAAUUAAUAGUACAUCCAAUUGCAGAAAAAAUUCUUCUGAAGACAAAGAGGAUUCCAUCUUUUCAUCAAGUUCUACAUCCAGUGACAUUUUUAACUUAAGCAAUUUAAGAUUCGUAGAAGAAAGAAGAAAGCAAGAAGAACAAGACCUUCAGUUUGCACUGAAGUUACAAAAAGAAUUUAAUCUGGAAAGUACAAAGGCUCCAGAGGUAGACAGAAAGAAAGGAACUGUUGAUGCAUAUUUACUACGAACUGUUGGUGAAGGUGAAAGUGAAGAUGUGUAAAGUAGCACUGAUAACAAGUGAUGUAAGUAAAUUGAGACAUGCAGAAUAUUCUUGUUUUUAAUUUGUUUUGACACAAUUAGAAAAAAAUUAAAAAUUUCCCACAAAAUAAUGUGCCUACUGGUAACUGUAGUUGUUUCAUUGAAAAAAUGACAAAAUGGAAAACAAAACAUGUAGAAGUAUGAUUUUAAAUUAAUUACAGUCCGACCUCUAUUAAGCGGCCACCCCUGGGACUUUGAAAAGUGGACGCAUAAUAGAGGUUGGCGGCUUAAUAGAGGUACAAUUUUAAUUGGAUAAGGAUGGCAGAAAACAUGAUUUUAUUGACUCUAUAUAGCAAAAUGCUUUUAAAAUUCAUUGUAACAAAACAUCAAGUGCAUUUCUAGCCCAUGCAUAGUUCUAGCUCUGAAACAGAGGGCACGUAGGGCUUAUAGCCCUUUGGCUUACAAAAUUUCUCAAGAGGCCAACAAACAAAGGAAGAGCUGUUGUGAGAGGCAAACACGUAAACAGAGGGGCCGGCUAUGGUUUAGAAAUUCCAUGCGAGUACUGCUUCACAGUGGACGAGUUUUCAAUUCAAUGGUUAAAAUCAAAACUUGAGGGGCAUGGAUUUUUGUAGAUUUCCAGUACAGUAGUAAUAAAUUUUUCCUGUACAGAUUUUGGUUGUAACAAAACAGCUGGGGUUACACUAGACCUCUUGCCCAAGGGAAAGUGAGACCUUAGCCACGGGAAGUCUGUGUUUUGUGUGUGACCUCUAUUCCCACAAUGAAACUGCCCAUGGGAAAUCACUAUGAAUACAUCAAAAAGAACAAAAGAAUUACCCAUGACGUUUCCCGAACCAAGUCGUAGGGUUAGCAGGGGUUUAUCAAACCACAAGAGUAGUUCAACCAGUUGGAUGGAAAAAAAAAAGUAAAUCCAGAAACUGCAGCACAUGCUGGGCAUUUUUGUGGUGUUGUGCUGAAAUGGCGGCAAAUAUCCUCGCAAGUACCAAAUUCAAGACACGUGGCAUCAAACGUGGCCAACUUUCGAGGUUCACAUUAAGUAUAUUGUACUCGUCUUUGCUCUGAAUACUCCAAUAAAAACCAUAAGUUUCGCGGUUUGCGAUCUCCAUGACGAAUUAACUUCUCCCCAAACACUGCUAGGUCAAAAGUUGACCUCGGGUAAUUGUUUGCAAUGUAACCGGAGGAUUAAACCUGACCAGAAACCCAAACCCAUCCCAAGGUUAUUACCCACAGGGUUACCUUGGGAAGGAGGGGAGUGUAACCACAGCUAUUGUUAUGUUUGUUUAGUGGCGGAUGUGAAAAGUUUGCACGUGCAUGUGGCUUGUGAGUUGUUAUGGUGGAGAUAAAAUUGCAGUUCUUGUUUUCUUGUUGUUAUCAGUUAUCACCUUAUAUCAUCUGUCACCAUUUUGCUUGGAAAGAUAAUUUACUGGCGGCUUAAUGGAGGUAAAAAAACCAUGUAAAUAGUACACUUGCGACAGCAAGAAGGUGGUCGUGGCCGCUUAAUAGAGGUGGCUGUUGAAAAGAGGUAUCAAAUACAGCAGUUAACUGAGAAAAAAAUUGGGACUUUAGAAAGUGGCCGCACAAGGGAGGGUGGCUGCUUAAUAGAGGUCGGACUGUACUGGUAAACUUAAUUGAAACAGAUAUUAACUGGUGUUACAUAAUGAAAAGGUGAUAUGGAAGUAAAUAAGUUGUGGUUUAUUUGAUACACUGGAAGAGGGAGCAAGCUCUUUUAUUUGACAGCCUAAGUUGACCUUUUUUAGUUCUAAAAAAAGUUAGUAAGAUGAAUAAACUUCACCAAGGUUUUGAUUUUGCCCCACCUAACUAAAGCAUGUUUUCUGUUGGUGUAGUAUACUGUAGUUACCUUCCUUUACUACAUUUGCAUUAAAUUUCAUUUGAAGUUC